UCAUACUCCACUACACUCCACCCCACACUUCACGAGUUCAGUCUCUUUCAAGCUCACAAACGCACUUUCACCUCUGUAGCUAUCAAUGGCAGCGGUCGGAGCCUUGAAGCCACCUCAUUGCUUCUCUUCUUCCUCCGGCAUUGCUGCUGAACGGAGAGACCUCCGCUCUUCGUCGUCGUCCUUUCGGAGUUUAUCGUUUGCUUCGUCUCAUCUGUCCGGAGACAAGGUAUCUUCGGUAUCAUCCGUGCGACCACGGCGUCAUGGAGGUAGAGCUUCGGUGGUUGUUUCUCCCAAAGCUGUUUCCGAUUCCAAAAAUUCGCAGACAUGUCUUGAUCCUGACGCUAGUCAAAGUGUUCUUGGGAUAAUACUUGGAGGUGGAGCUGGGACACGUCUUUACCCUUUAACAAAGAAAAGGGCAAAGCCUGCUGUUCCUUUAGGAGCAAACUACAGGCUUAUCGACAUUCCUGUAAGCAACUGCUUAAACAGCAACAUAUCAAAGAUUUAUGUUCUCACACAGUUCAAUUCUGCAUCACUCAAUCGCCACCUGUCACGUGCUUAUGCAAGCAACAUGGGUGGCUACAAGAACGAAGGGUUUGUUGAAGUCCUUGCAGCUCAACAAAGCCCAGAAAAUCCAAACUGGUUCCAGGGGACUGCUGAUGCAGUGAGGCAGUAUUUGUGGCUAUUUGAAGAGCACAAUGUUCUAGAGUACCUAAUCCUUGCUGGAGAUCAUUUAUACCGUAUGGAUUAUGAGAGAUUUGUUCAAGCUCAUAGAGAAACUGAUGCUGACAUCACUGUAGCAGCGUUACCAAUGGAUGAAAAACGUGCAACUGCAUUUGGACUAAUGAAGAUUGAUGAAGAAGGGCGUAUAAUUGAAUUUGCAGAAAAACCAAAAGGAGAGCAACUAAAAGCUAUGAAAGUUGAUACCACAAUCUUAGGGCUUGAUGAAGAGAGAGCUAAAGAGAUGCCUUAUAUUGCUAGUAUGGGAAUAUAUGUUGUCAGCAAAGAUGUUAUGUUGGAUUUGCUGAGGGAUAAGUUUCCUGGAGCUAAUGAUUUUGGAAGUGAAGUUAUCCCUGGUGCAACUUCUAUUGGCCUAAGAGUACAAGCUUACCUUUAUGAUGGCUAUUGGGAAGAUAUUGGUACCAUUGAGGCUUUUUACAAUGCCAAUUUGGGUAUCACAAAAAAGCCAAUCCCAGAUUUCAGCUUUUAUGAUCGAUCAUCCCCGAUUUACACUCAACCUCGAUACCUACCUCCUUCCAAGAUGCUUGAUGCUGAUGUCACCGAUAGUGUUAUUGGUGAAGGGUGUGUCAUUAAGAACUGCAAGAUUCAUCAUUCGGUUGUUGGGCUUCGAUCUUGCAUAGCUGAAGGUGCGGUAAUUGAAGAUUCAUUGCUGAUGGGAGCAGAUUAUUACGAGACGGAUGCUGAUAGGGAGCUUCUUGCUGCCAAUGGUAGUGUUCCAAUUGGUAUUGGGAAAAAUACUCAUAUCAAAAGAGCGAUUAUUGACAAGAAUGCACGCAUAGGAGACAAUGUUAAGAUUAUAAACAGCGAUAAUGUUCAAGAAGCAGCAAGGGAAACAGAUGGGUACUUUAUAAAAAGCGGGAUCGUUACAGUUAUCAAAGACGCGUUAAUUCCUUCUGGAAGCAUAAUCUAGACAUGAGGUACAUUAUGAUAUGAUGUUUUGAUGAAGAGGAAGCUUACCACGAUAUGAAAUGUAAAAAUUCCAUUUUAAUUAAAUAAAAAAAGUAAAACCCAAUAGACUCUCCUCUUCUUUACUUCCCUUGUAGCUGAUGAGGUUAACUGAGUUUGGAUGUUGUCAUGUAACACCGGUGAAUACUGUAUCUUUGCUUUAGCAGUUGUACAUUUCAUGUUCCUUUUUCAAGGGCCUUUACUUUGCUUCACAUUCUAAAACUAACUCCUUGAUAUCUUUCAAUAGAUUUAACCUUCAUUUUCAGAAAUUAGUAGUAGUAAAAUUACCAUAUCAACCUUCAUGUAUAUUUUUACAAAUGUGCAUUCUGAGUCUAAGUUACAAUGAUAUUAAAAUCACCAACAAAACCUAUUUCCUAGAUCUAUAAGUGCAACAUACAACCAAAAGAUUCUCUAAAUCAUUUCAUCAAACACCUGUCUUGCAUCAUCCAGCGAAUCACAAUUUUUUAAACCAAGCUUAUUCUCAAAUCCAAUUAUUUAAUACGAGUUCCAUAAGGAUGAAAGUUUUAUCAACAGAUUUUUUUAUAAUAAAAUUAUUAAAUAAAAUUUUGAGGCGCUAUAAAAUAUCAACGCAUUUUUAAAAUAUCAAUUUAUUCCAACACUAAUAAUUGAGUUAUUGACCUGGUCAAACUUCCUAUACAUAUAAACUGAACCAUAGGCAAUCUAACAGAAAAACUCCAACCACAUCAAUAGCCACCCUCUUCAUCAUAGUGGCCACCAAAAUGGCCCGGUUUAUUGAGCUUGGUGGAAAUGGAAUUCUCAAGGAUUCGCAUAUCGAGUUAUUAGUAUGUAUGAUUCUGGUUUCAAUGUCUAUUUUUUCUAUAAUCAUCUUUGUGUGUGGUGGUGACUCUGAUGAUCAUCAUUCCCGUAAGAAACACCGUCGAGGGGGUCGCUCUGGUUUCGUAAAUGGGGUAUAUGUUGAUAACGCCGGUGGUGGUGAUGGUGGUGGUCAUGGCGGAGGUGGAGGCGGAGAUGGUGGUGGUGGUGGUUUUUGAUAAGCAUAGCAAUGGAAAAGAAUGGGGUUUACAAAACAACCAUAUAUAUAAAUUUAGUUGAUAUGUAUGUGUCUAGAGACUAAGUUCGAUGUGACAUGUUUGGGGUUUGGAAUAAAAAAUAGCCUUCUUAUGAGGUUUGGAAGGUGAUAGUAUGAGUUUUUUUUAUUUUAUCUCUCACAGAGUGUGCUUUAGACAUAUACUUUUGUAUUCGAUGUGUAAGGAAGGAGGUUGCGGUUGUUGGUAUUCAACCUUUUUGGGUUUGAAAUAGUUAAUUUUGUAUUCAAACUACAUUGUGAUAUGUGCAAUGAACAUAUAUUUUUAUUUAUA